UCUAUGAUAAAGAAUUUGAUGAAUACAUGUCGAAAAUUGCUGGUGAAAAGUUAGCAGAAGAUAAACCACUUUGGGAAGUGCAUCUAAUUAAGUAUCCAACAAGAAAAAACAAUGCUGCGGGUACAUCGGUAGUUAAGUUACACCAUUCCUUAGGAGAUGGCUACACCCUAAUGGGCUCAUUGCUUUCAUGUGUGAAAAGAGUUGAUGAUCCUUCAAUUCCCAUAACCUUUCCUUCAAGCCAUGCAACAACAUCAUCUAUUAAGAGAUUACCUCAAUCCAUCUUUUCAAUCUUCAAAAGUGCAUCUGAUUUUGGAUGGAAUAUAUUAAGAGGUUCAAAUUUCAUUGUUGAUGAACAAUCACCAAUAAGGACAGAGAAUAAGGAAUUCAAACAUGGUUUUGGUAUCUCAAAUGUCACUCUCUCUUUGGAUAGCUUUAAAGUGGUCAAAAAUAAGCUCAAAGUGACCACAAAUGAUACUCUAGUGGGCAUGAUCUUCCUGGGAAUAAGGUUAUACAUGGAAGCAAAGAGUUAUGAAUCAAGAAAAACACAAACAACAGCAAUAGUGAUGCUUAAUGCAAGAAAAAUUAGAGCUUACAAAUCAGUGGAGGAGAUGCUUCAAAGUAAUUCAGAAUCCUCAUGGGGGAAUCGAUUUCAUUUCCUCCACCUUCCAAUACCCAAAUUAAGUGAUGCCAAUACAUCCAACCCACUUGACUUUGUUUUGGAGGCCCACAAAAUCAUUAUUGGGCUCAGAUAUUCUUUGGUCCUUCCUCUCAGCGGUGUCAUUUUGGGGAUGCUGGAUAAAAUUCAAGGCACAGAGGCUGCAGCAAAACAUGUGUACAAGACUGUGGCAAAUUCAAGUGCUAUCAUCUCACAUGUGGUUGGACCUGUGGAACAAGUGGCUUUUGCUAAUCAUCCCAUCAAGGGAUUUUAUUUUACAGCAAUUGGUCCACCUACUAGCCUGACGGUGACAAUAUUAAGUUACAUGGGGAACUUACGCAUUGGAUUUGGAGUGGAUAAAGGAUGCAUAGAUGAACACCACCUCCUUUCAUGUUUUGGAACUGCUAAGGAUAUGAUUUUCAAUGCAGCAAAUAAAAUAUGAUUUUGUUUUACCAAAGUGGAAGUGCAAUACGCUCUCUUAUUGUACGAGUCUUUGUUUCUGGGUAUGCUUUCUUUUUCGUACGAGUCUAGUGUUAUUUUACAAUAAAAUAAUGAGCAAAACUUUAAUAUAAUCUUUGAAAGAUGUAUCUUAAUUCUUAAAGCAUUUUCUUUAUUGAAUAAUUAAAUCAUAACAAUUUAGGGU